GGGACUGGGCUGGCGCGCGCUAGCCGGGAGCCGCGCGCGCCUGCAGCUCUGUUCUCCAUGCCCGGGACUAGCGCUCAGCCGGCAGCGAACGUCCUCAAGCAUCAGCACCACGGGGAGCAUCCUCCUCCUCCUCCGCCUCAGCACCACGGGGAGCAGCAGCCGCAGCCGCGCCUCCGCUGCUGCUUGUCCAGGGCGGGUUGGUUUGGUUUGGUUUGGUUUGGUUUGGUUUUUUACGCGCGUUUCUUUUCAUGCAACCCCUGGCUCGCUCCCCACGGAACUUGGUAGGGAGUAGAGGAGGACACCAUGCUCCAUAGCCACCAUGGCCUUGGUUUGAUUGGCGGGACCUGCUGCUGGUAGCAGCGCCUGGGCGGGGAGCGAGCGAGCGUGCCCCCCCCCACCUCAAUUAAAACCACCGUCUUCGGGACGACUCGUGUGCAGUUAGGUUGUUUUGUUUUCUAGUUAUUUGGUGGUUGCAUUGAUGCUCUCCAGGCUGGAGGCUUUGCGAAAGGAGGUCCUCACCUGAAAGAGAUCAAGGCACAAUUCCAAUGUUGAAAGGUUGUUAAUGGAGAAGAGGUCGAAUGACAGCCGGGACCGUGGUCAUCACAGGUGGAAUAUUAGCGACUGUCAUUUUGCUUUGCAUUAUAGCGGUUCUCUGCUAUUGUAGGCUUCAGUAUUACUGCUGCAAGAAGGAGGAAUCUGAAGAGGAUGAGGAGGAGCCAGAUUUUGCCGUGCAUUCCCACAUCCCUCCACUUCACAGCAACCGCAAUGUAGUGCUGACCAAUGGGCCUUCGCUCUACUCCUCCUCCUCCUCAUCCUUCAGCAAACAGCACUCCCAGUGCAGGACUGUCUGCCCCAGUUGUUCCCACUAUGAGCCACCUGCCUUCUUUCUGCAGCAUCCGGAAGAGAUCCACAAUGGAGGAGACCGGGUCAGCUACAAGACCAUCAGCCAGGAAGAUAUUGAACUGCCGGUGAACGUGACCAACCUGCAAGCUCUGAACCCCAACCGGCUGUCAGCCAUGCGAGAAGCUUUCUCGCGCAGUCGGAGCAUAAGCACCGACGUCUGAGUGGCUGGAGCCCCGCACUGGUGGGCUGCCCAGCAAAUGACCACUCAGCGUGAGGCUUUUCCUAUGCCGUUGUAGCUUUUAACAACGGUGAAGCUUUUAAAAUCCAUGGAAGUGUUUUAAAAUUAUGAAUGUAUUUAUACAGUAGAUAGGUAGAUAAAUAUAUUAAAUUGCUAGAUAAAGGGUAAGCAAAAAAAACAAAAAACCAGAGAGAGAUGGUUGUAGAGGUUGCAGCUUGUAUGGGUAGGUUUUCUAGAGCUGUACAUUGAAAAUGUUUUCUUUUUAUACUGAGGAGAUUUUGAUAUUGUGCAUCCUUUCCUACAC